AUGUUGGAUUCGGAGGGUAGCGCGGAGAGCAUUCGCGGUCCGGAGAAUUCAGCAGCGCGCGAGGAAAUGGUCAGCACGAUGCCAAAUCGACAGAAUACGAACAGUGACAAGUUGGAGGAAUUCGAGAAGCUACUUCAAUCGAUGUUACCUUCUCGUACACCGUCGCAGGAGGAAGAGGAGCCGGAGGAAAAUGACGUCGAGAAGAAAAUAGGUCUGUCUUUUCUUUAACCCUUACAUUACAUUAAUUUAUCUUCCCUUCAUUUCGUAAGAUUCGUUUCUUCUUAAAUUUUGUAAUCAUCAUUAUGUUUUUCUUUUACAGAAUUUUUACAACUUUUUUUCUCAAAUCUUAUCUUAAACUACAUCAACUUGGCUCCAUAUUUUUCGCUCAGAUAA